CACGGCAACAAAUUGAUAACAUUGAGAUUUCUUGCUACAGGUAAUUUCAUGCAGGUUAUCGGCGACACCUUUGGCGUAGACAUUUCUACCGUCUCCCGGGUCGUGAGAGACGUUACCGACGUACUAUUUGGACUGAAAGACCAAUUUAUCAAGUUUCCUGUGACGGACCACGACCGAAGACGGAUCAUGAGUGGAUUUUACGCCAUUCGUGGGUUCCCAUCUGUAAUUGGUUGUAUUGACGGGACCCAUGUUAAAAUAAUUUCGCCUGGUUAUCCAGAUGAGGCUGCAUUUGUUAACAGAAAACACCAACACAGUAUAAAUGUCCAGGCGACCUGCGAUCACAAAGGGAUGUUCACAAGCAUCAAUGCCUGUUGGCCUGGAAGCUGCCAUGACAGCCACAUCUUACGAGUUUCUAAUGUAGGCCGGUACCUUGAAGCUCAUCACCAAGAUCCAGAGCGCGGAUAUUUGUUGGGGGAUAGUGGCUACCCCUGUCGGCCAUUUCUGCUUACGCCUUUCUUGCAGCCUGGGAAUGAAACAGAGGAGAGGUACAACCGGGCGCACAUCUCCACACCGAAUUUGGUUGAAAGGACAUUUGGUGUAUGGAAGAGGACAUUCCAUGUUUUACAUGGGGAAAUACGCAUGAAGCCUCAGAGGGUGACACGUGUAAUCGUGGCGUGUGCUGUCCUCCAUAAUCUGAGGCUGCAGUGGGGUGAACCAGAGGUGGAAGAAGCCGGUGAUCUGGAUCAGCCUCCCGCCGACAUCUUUAAUGGCCGAAUGGAUCGGCGAGGAGUUCGAGACCAUGUGGCUCGUGCUUAUUUUCAGAAUCAGUAAUAACAGAAGAAACCGAUGAUUAAGUCACACCAUACAUUGACGUUUUAUGGAAAGUGAAGACUUGACACUUUUAACACCAAUUUAUUUUGGUUU